AUGGCAAUGGGAGGUGGCGGAGGCCGGCUGGAGCGGGAGGAUUCUGUGCUGUUCCGGCGUGGCACAGGCCAGAGUGAUGAUUCUGACAUCUGGGAUGAUACAGCAUUGAUUAAAGCUUAUGAUAAAGCUGUGGCUUCAUUUAAGCAUGCUCUGAAGAAUGGUGACAUUUGUGAAGCUUCAGACAAACCAAAAAGUACAUCUAAAAGAAAACCUACUAAGAAGAAAAAGAACCAAAAAAAGAAUACCACCACUCCAUUGAAGCAGUGGAAAGUUGGGGAUAAAUGUUGUGCCAUUUGGUCAGAAGAUGGCUGCAUUUACCCGGCUACCAUUGAAUCAAUUGAUUUUAAGAGAGAAACCUGUAUUGUGGUUUAUACUGGAUAUGGGAAUAAAGAGGAACAAAAUCUGACUGAUCUACUUUUCCCAACAUUUGGAGGAGCUAAUAAUGUAGACCACAGUGUUCAGGAGAUUACUCAAGAGAAUGAAAAUGAAAGUCAAAUUUCAACAGAUGACAGUGAGAACUCCUCCAGGUCUCCUGGAAAUAAAUCAAGUAACUUUAAGUCUAAAGCUGCUCCGUGGAACUCUUUUCUCCCUCCACCACCCCCGAUGCCAGGACCAGGACCAGGAAAGCCAGGCCUAAAAUUUAAUGGCCCACUACCACCGCCACCGCCGCCACCCCCUUCCUUCUUAUCAUGCUGGUUACCUCCAUUUCCUUCUGGACCACCAAUAAUUCCACCCCCACCUCCUAUAUGUCCAGAUUCUCUUGAAGAUGCUGAUGCUUUGGGAAGUAUGCUGAUCUCUUGGUACAUGAGUGGCUAUCAUACUGGCUAUUAUAUGGGUUUCAGACAACAUAAAAAAGAAGGAAAGUGUUCAAAUUUGAAUUAAGAAGUAAGUCU